AUGGUCUCAAAGCUCCUCACCCUGCUGUCCGCCGCCCCUGCGGCGCUCGGUGCGGCUCUCGCAGCGACCAACACCAACCUCCAGACCGCGUUCCCCGCGUCGUCUGGCACCACUGCCCUGGCUGCCGUCAAGACCAUCGCCGCCGGCCAGAGCUUCGACGGAGGCCUGAAGCAGUGGGACCGCAGCCCCUCGACAUGCAAGGACCAGGCUGAGGGCGGUGACGCCGACGCCGUCUUCCUGCUCGAGGACGGAGCCGUGCUGAGCAACGUCAUCAUUGGGCCCAACAACGGCGAGGGUGUCCACUGCAAGGGCACAUGCACCCUGAACAACGUCUGGUGGACCGACGUCUGCGAGGACGCAGCGACCUUCAAGCAGACCUCGGGGACGUCCUACGUCAACGGCGGCGGCGCGCGCGGCGCCGAGGACAAGGUGCUGCAGCACAACGGGGGCGGCACGGUGGCGGUCAAGAACUUCCUCGCCAGCAGCAUCGGCAAGCUGUACCGCUCGUGCGGCAACUGCGACAAGCAGUACGCGCGCAAGAGCACCUUCAGCAACGUCAAAGUCAGCGGCGGCAAGGUCGUCGCGGGCGUCAACGUCAACUAUGGAGACGCCACCACCAUCUCCGGCUCGUGCGUCGUCGGCGGUGCGCUCUGCUGGCUGUAUGAGGGGAACAACAACGGCAAGGAGCCGACCAAGGUUGGGUCUGGUCCUAGUGGCACUGCUUGCGCGACUUCUGCUAUCAAGACCAGUGGGUGCUAG